CUAAGAAUUGACUAAGUCAAGACCAUCAAGAUGACAAACGAACCUAUUAAAGAGAUCCUGGGCGCUCCAAAGCAUCCUGAUUCUGUAACCACAGAGAAGAGUAAUAACAAUGACUGUGUGAUAACCACCAUCCCUCUUGUCAGUGAAUGCCAGCUGACUGCAGCAACAGGGGGAGCAGAACUCUCCUGUUACCGCUGUACCAUUCCCUUCGGUGUGGUCAUCCUCAUAGCUGGCAUUGUGGUUACUGCUGUGGCAUACAGCUUCAAUUCCCAUGGAUCUAUCAUCUCAGUGUUUGGAUUAGUCCUCUUGUCAUCAGGACUCCUUUUGCUGGCUUCUAGUGCAGUGUGCUGGAAAAUCAGACAGCAAAACAAGAAAGCAAAGAGGCGGGAGAGCCAGACAGCGCUUGUGGCAAAUCAGCGAACCUUGUUUGGUUAA